AUGUAUGGAUAUUAUAACAUUUUAGAUAUAUAUCAGUAUUUUUUAUUACAAUAUGGUUCUAAAAUAUUGAAAGAAAGUAUAGAUUUUAUUAAUAGGAAUAUUAAUGUGUUAUAUUAUAAAAAACAUUUUAUGAUAAAGUCAGGUGAAAAGAAUGGUAAAAUAAAUAGAUUAACACUUUUCACGACUUUUUUCAACCAUUACCAUAUUUAG